AUGGAGGUCCGCGGCGAGUCCCAGUCCGGCCCGAGCUGUUCGUCGUCCUCCCGGGGUGGCUCCGGGGUCUCGGUCUCCAAGGAGUUGCUGGUGGCGGGGAGCGGCGGCCGCGGAGGUAUAUGGGACAGGUUGCUCAUCAACCCCAAGCCUAAUUCCAGAAAGAAUUCUACUCUUCAGACAGUUCGGAUAGAGAGGAGUCCCUUGCUGGACCAAGUACGGACCUUUCUCCCACAGAUGGCUCAGGCAAACGAAAAGCUAAGAAAAGAAAUGGCAACUGCUCAACCUGGUCAUUUCAAUAUUGAAAAUACUGAUGAGACUCUUGGACAAGUUAUUCAAAUGGACGUGGCCUUGUUUGAGAUGAAUCAGUCUCAUUUGAAAGAAGAGGACAGUUCGAAAGAGAAUUCACAAGACAGUUCAGAGGAAAGUUCAGAAUCUGAGGAUGAAGGUGACAGCAUCUCUUCUGAAGGUGAAGUCACCAUAGAUAAUAUUAAGCUUCCUCAUUCAGAAGACGGAAAAGGCAAGAUAGAGGUUCUGGACGGUUCUGCUAGUGAAAACAAAGAAAAACAGGAAAAUAAGUGA